GAAGAUUUAUUUAUUUUUUUAACUGAAGAACAGAAAUGAAAAACAAUAAGAGGCCAGAAAAUCCUUAUUACGUAAACUACGGCUUCCAAAACAGAGAGGAGCGGCCUCCAGCGUACGCUCCUCCACCACAGGGGUAUCCGUCUGUACCUCAGUAUGCUCCUCAAACGAUCAACACUCACCACACAGCGACUCCUGGACCUCCACACUCCUCUACUGCUGGCAAAGGGGUUAAAAAGAGUCGAACGAAAUGCAUCGUAGCCACGAUUAUUGCCGUUUUAGUUCUUCUCGCAGUGGCUGCGGUGCUGGUUUGGUAUUUCGUAUGGUACAAGUGUUCCUUUGGAAUGUUGUGUGGUGAGGGCGGCGCGUGUGUCAGCUACUCUCAGUGGUGCGAUGGGAAACGAGACUGUCCUUCAGGGAGGGACGAAGCUCACUGCUUUCGCCUGUACGGGUCAAGUUUCCUCCUGCAAGCUUUCUCACCAAAAGACCAGACAUGGAAGCCCGUUUGCUCUGAGGGAUGGAGUGAUCGUUUUGGGAGAGCAACAUGUCAGCAGAUGGGAUAUGACGGGAAUGAGUAUGUGUCGUCCGGGACAAUUAAUGCAGCUUCAGAUAACAGCUACAUGAAACUAAACUCUGAGAGUUAUACAGCAGGUCCUGUGUAUGAGUAUCUUGCUGACAGUGAGUCAUGCACGGCUUACGGAGCAGUAACACUGAAAUGCAUAGCCUGCGGCACUAUGGUGUCCAGUCCCAGGACUCGUAUCGUCGGCGGUAAUGAGGUAGCAGGAAACGGGGCGUGGCCCUGGCAGGUCAGCCUGCACGCGCGGUCCAGACACGUCUGCGGAGGAUCGAUAAUCACAAAUCGAUGGAUCCUGACGGCUGCUCACUGUGUUGAAGACAUCUCCAGGCCUGAGGAGUGGACCGUGUAUGCUGGCUAUCUCUACCAGUAUGAGAUGACUCCCAGCAGAGGCUACUCAGUGGAACGCAUCAUCUCUCACCAGUAUAACCCCAACACAGACGACAACGACAUCGCCCUGAUGAAACUCACACGGUCACUCCAAUUUAGUGAUAGUGUACGACCUGUGUGUUUGCCGAAUGCGGGUCUGCACUUUGUAGCUCCUCAGACGUGUUACAUUACAGGCUGGGGGGCAGUUAUGUUUGGAGGGAGCGCUACGCAGGAGCUCCGAGAGGCCCGGGUCAACCUCAUCGACAGGACGGUCUGUAACGGUCGGCAGGUCUACAAUGGACUCAUCACCCCAUCAAUGAUCUGUGCUGGCAGACUGCAGGGUGGAGUGGACUCCUGUCAGGGGGACAGUGGAGGACCCCUGGUGACACAGGAAGAUUCGCUGUGGUGGUUGGUGGGUGACACCAGCUGGGGUGACGGCUGUGCGUUCGUGAACAGACCUGGAGUUUACGGGAAUGUAUCCUACUUCCUGGACUGGAUUUACGAACAAAUGCAGAAUUAUUAAUUGGUCCUGCGAAGACGCUGGCUGCCUUUCCAUAAAUUCUCUGUCGAUUUUCAGGGAGCGCUGUCAUGUUAUGAAAGCAUUAAGACCUUAUAUCUGAGGACAAAGUCAAAGUGAAUGAUCAAGUACUUAACUCUUUUGUAUUGUCACUGGGGCACUGUUGUGCCAUUUUUCUCUCUCUCGCUCUCUUUUUUUACUGUUUACUUUAAUACUGUUAUUGAAUCAUUUUUCCAUCAAAUAUUUAUGGGCAAAAAUGAAAUGAAUAAAGUUGAUAUUUUUUAA